UCAUACGCCAAUAGAAUUUUACCUAGCGAUUGUCUAAUCAGUGAUGUAUAUUUAAUAGGUCACAAAUGUUCUAAAUAUUGGAUGAUGUGCUCUUUCGGGUAAAAUGGUAAAUGUAUAAAAGGUGAAAUUUGAAUAGAAAAGAAUUUGUUAAUUGCCAAAUUCAUUAUUCUAAAAAAAAAUAAAAAAGAAUGCGAUCUGGUCGUGCAGCUUGGAUUGGAUUAAAUACAGCCUCAUAUAUAUGUGAAUUGGUAUUUUUGGGUUUGGCAAUUGCAGUACAAAUAUCACCCGAUUGGGCUGUUUACGAUGUUUCAUACAUUGGUGUUGUCAAUGAUUAUAAUCAAUUAAGUCGUUCUCGUGGAUUAUGGAAGCAAUGCAUUACUAAUCAAAUAGUAAGUUCAUCAUACAAUGGUCAAUGUUAUGCUCUGGAAACUAGUACAGAAUCUGGCAGCUACAGCGGUAAUGUUCAAUCAAUAUUAUCAAUGAGAACAGCUAUAAACGCACUGCAAAUCAUUACAAUCAUAUUGGUUUUCAUGAUCAUCGUUAUAACAUGUGUCUUCAUAAUCGUGACAUGGAAGAAACCAGAGAAAUUCAAACCACGAACAGCUCAAUAUACAGCUUUGGGUGGAGGUGCCGCAUUAUGGCUUACAGGUUUAAUUUAUUUCAUCAGUCUUCUAAUAUAUUACGAAGAUAUGUCGCAAGAAAAUUAUCGACUAGAUACUAGGCUAACAUCAGCCAGAUCUGCAUGGACAACGACUGUUCGUGAUAAUACGGUAUAUUCACCUGGUGGUAUGAUACCUAUGGCUUGGUCAGCUUGUUUACUUAUUUAUGCUGGUAGUAUUUUGCAACUGAUUGCAAGUACUCUACAGCAACCUCCAGUUCGAGAGGGGUAUGGAUUGUAAGAUUAUGAAGAUAGAAGAAAUUCGACUUUGAAAUUGAAAACACUCCUUUAUAAUCCAAUAUAUUUUUGUGUAUUUCAAUUAGUUUCUUACUACCAUUGGAUAUUAUUUUCGCAUGUGCACAUGUGUAAACAGUGUUACUUUCUAUCACUGAUUCCAAUUGUUUCCUUUUCGUAUAGUCAACAAUAAGUUGAUACUCUUUGAACUGUUAUAAUUUCGAAUGUAAUUGACAUAAAUUAUUAUUAUUUUCAUUAUUAAUAACAUGAUAUAUUCUGAAAAUACCAA